GGAUAUAUCUAAUUCUCGACCUGGCCACUGUAAAAGCAAACAUCAAUCGUGAUAGUCCUCAAUGGGCUCUCUCCCUAUUCGACCAAUACAAACUUACCAUUGAUGCAUUUUCCAAGUAUCCCAAUACUCUGGCGUUUUUUGCCGGCAAUGAAGUAAACAACAAUAAGUCCAACACGCCGGCAAGUUCAUUCGUCAAGGCGGCAGUCAGGGAC